AUGGCUCCUGCAAGAAGAAUCAAAACUUUGCUCACCGUCAACAUUUUGUUUUUCCUCGGCAUCGUGCUAUUCUCGGUGUACUGCCGGAUUUCCGAGCGUCCCGAGGAGUUGGUUCAGAUCUCAGACACCAGACUUCGAAGCAGGACUGGCUCCCAGCAACUACUGAAGGACAGGGAUAACAUCCUGCAACGCCUGGACCAUCUGGAAGAUGUGGUUUACAACCAGCUCAAUGGACUCGCUAAACCAAUUGGACUGAUGGAGGGACCUGGUGGCCUAGGCCAGGGAGGAGUUGCUGCCACUAUGAGAGAUGAGAGUCGUGAGUUUGAUGCUAAAUAUGAAGAUUACGGCUACAAUGCUCAGCUCAGCGACAGGAUAUCACUCGACAGGUCGAUACCAGACUACAGACCACAAAAGGUCCAACCAGUCCUGAGUAGAAUCAAGGAAGACCGCACUCGUAUCAUUCUACCAGCAAUAGACAACAUCAAGUACAACACGUUUGAAGUGCAGCAGUAUGCUAAUGCAGCCCACGGCUACAACUGGGGGCUGUGGUGCAUGUACAUCAUCCCACCACAGGAUUGGCUGGACAAGGGAGAUGAGACUGCACCCAUCAGGACCCCUGCAAUGAUUGGCUGUUCGUUUGUGGUUCAUCGCGAGUACUUUGGAGAAAUUGGUCUUCUUGAUCCUGGCAUGGAGAUUUAUGGCGGAGAGAAUAUUGAACUGGGCAUGAGGGUCUGGCAGUGUGGGGGCAGCAUGGAGGUCCUGCCAUGCUCACGAGUGGCCCAUAUCGAACGCACAAAGAAGCCAUACAACAACGACAUUGACUACUAUGCCAAGCGUAAUGCCCUCCGAGCUGCUGAGGUCUGGAUGGAUGACUUCAAAUCACACGUCUAUAUGGCAUGGAACAUACCGAUUAAUAAUCCAGGAGUUGAUUUUGGCGAUGUUUCUGACAGAGUAGCACUGCGCAAAAGGUUGAACUGUCGGAGUUUCAGAUGGUACAGAGACAAUGUCUAUCCUGAAAUGAGGAUCUACAACAACACUAUCACCUAUGGAGAGGUACGAAACAGCAAAGCAAGUGGCUACUGCUUAGACCAAGGCUCAGAAGAAGAUGACAGAGCUAUCCUGUAUCCAUGUCAUGGCAUGACCUCUCAGCUGGUCCGUUACACCACUGAGGGGCUUCUGCAACUUGGACCCCUGGGAUCAACAAAUUUCCUACCCGACACCAAAUGUUUAAUCGACGACAGAAGAAUCAAGUCCCCAAGUCUCAGAAAAUGUGACGAGGUGCCCAGAGCAAACCAGAAACUCUGGGAUUUCACACAGAAUGGGCCGAUUAUUAACAGAGACACAGGACGUUGCUUGGAGGUGGAAAUGACCAAGGAUGCUAACUUUGGCCUGCGAUUAUCCUUGCAGAAAUGCUCUGGGCAAAAGUGGAUAAUCAGAAACUGGAUCAAACACGUCAAGCACUGAGUGCUGAUGGGAUUUAUUUGCUGCAUCCCAGUGCAUCUUUGUAUAUCUGCUUCCACGUGACAUUGUGAUGUGUAACCAAGCAGCCCCAAGACGUUGUGGGGUACACAGCGUGGGAUCACCUAGUCAUUCUUGAUGAAGGGACACUUCCAGUCGACACUCUCAUUUGAAAAUUACUGACUACUGCACGGAAUUAAAUGAACAAUAAUGAUGUGCCUUUUCUCACUUAUAACUUCUCGACUGGAA